UGUCCAUCCGUCUGUCUGGCCAUAAUUCAGUGAAUUAGUCUGAUUAUGUAUUAGUUGGUGGAAGCAGACACAGCUGACAGAAUAGCAGGAUAUUGGAGGAUUAAUAAAAUAGAUUUGAUUGGGAUAGUGUCAGUGUGAAAAUGAGAAAAAGAGGGAGAGAGAGCAAAAGAGAGAGAAGCUGAGCGAGCAAGCCCGGCUCAGGGAAUCAAACCGCUUUUAUUAAUCUGAGAAUUUUCUCAGAUGACGCAAAGACUGUGACUUUGCCUCAUCUCUUUCUUGCUCUCUCUCUCACUCCAUCUCUCUCUCUUUAUCACCCUCUGUCUAUUCUUUUCACAUGUCUCUUACCUAAUGCCUAAAUCUUUUUGGAUGGGAGAAGGCACAACAGCACAGACAGAAUGACGAAUAAGCAUUUGGGCAACCAGAAAAGUGCAGCAUUGCAGAUGGAAGAUCGAGUGGACGCAGAAUUACAAGGCAACACAAACCAACAAUGUGGCUGGUUUUCACGCAACCUGCUCCUUGCCCUCACCGUGCUAGGUGUUAUAGCGGGCACAGUGCUGGGCAUGAUGCUGCGUUAUAUUCCUGAUCUGGACGCAAACACUCUUAUGCUGGUUUCGUUUCCGGGAGACCUCCUAAUGAGAAUGCUGAAGAUGCUCAUCCUGCCUCUCAUCAUUUCCAGUCUCAUCACAGGCCUGGCCGGUCUGGAUGCUCGCUCCAGUGGAAGAAUGGGCUCCAGAGCAAUGGUGUACUACAUGUCCACCACAGUAAUCGCUGCUGUUCUAGGGGUCAUCCUGGUGCUUGGAAUACACCCUGGGAACCCAAAACUCAGGUCCAGUCAGUUCAGCUCCGCCCCCAAGAACCAAGAAGUCAGCAGUAUGGAUGCCUUUCUGGAUCUGAUCCGGAACCUUUUCCCUGAGAACCUGGUCCAGGCCUGUUUUCAGCAGGUUCAAACGGUGCUCAAAAAAGUAGCCGUCCCAGUCCAGAACCAAACUGAACCGAUCCUUGUCAACAGGAAAAAACUGGAAAUGAAGUGGGGAAUGAAUGUUUUAGGUUUGAUUGGGUUCUUCAUCACAUUUGGAAUCUACAUGGGGAAAAUGGGCGAGAGAGGGAAGCUCAUGAGUGAUUUCUUCAACAUCCUCAAUGAGAUCAUCAUGAAGAUGGUGUCCAUGAUCAUGUGGUACUCUCCAGUAGGCAUUGCCUCCCUCAUCUGUGGGAAAAUUGCUGCUAUCGGUGACCUGGAAGUGAUGGCGAGGCAGCUGGGCAUGUACAUGGUCACAGUCAUAGUCGGCCUCAUCAUUCACGGCGGCCUCAUCCUGCCAGUCAUAUUCUUCGCCGUGACUCGGAAAAACCCCUUCACGUUUUACUCUGGUAUCUUCCAGGCGUGGAUCACUGCUCUGGGAACGGCCAGCAGUGCUGGGACAUUGCCAGUGACUUUUCGGUGUCUGGAGGAGAAUCUAAAUAUUGACAAGCGUGUGACCCGCUUUGUGCUGCCCAUUGGAGCCACCAUAAACAUGGAUGGCACUGCACUGUAUGAGGCCGUAGCAGCCAUUUUCAUCGCCCAGAUGAAUGACAUUUCCCUCGAUGGAGGACAGAUUGUCACUGUUAGUAUGACAGCGACUUUAGCCAGUGUGGGAGCGGCCAGUAUUCCCAGUGCGGGUCUGGUCACCAUGUUGCUAAUCCUGACCGCUGUGGGCCUUCCAACCCAAGACAUUAGCCUGCUCGUCGCUGUCGACUGGAUUCUUGACAGAAUGCGUACCUCCAUUAACGUAGUGGGCGACUCUUUCGGGGCGGGCAUUGUGGACCACCUAUCACGGGCAGAGCUUGCCUUGAUCGACGGGGAGAUCCCUCUAUCAGACGAGGAGUUUGUCCCCCCUCCACCCCUCCUCACUGAAAUAGACCUCAUAGACCCUCUCAAACCACCCGAACUGCCCCCUCGCUCCCCGCGCCCCCCAAAGCUCAACCAUCACGCCCCGUCUCUGACCCCUUCACAGUCUCAGUCGUACUCUAUCCCGCACUCGCCCCGCUCCGUCCGCUCUCCAUCACCUCACUCCAUCCGCUCGCCCUCCCCUCGCUCCGUGUGCUCUCACUCCCCGAGGCCUUUCCGAACACAUUCCCCUCGCCUUUUACGCAGGACGGAGCCUGGAUACUGCGCCCUGCCCACUCAUGACAACCAGAUUACCACUCUUCCCAGAGGUUUCCGAGAGAGAGGCAGAGACCGGGAAAGAGACAGAGAAAGAGAGAGACUGCGCGAGCGGGAGCGGGAUAAAGGGAGCGAGACUGAGGAGGACGAGGAGAAGGGAAGAAUGAUGGAUGUGGCGAGUGACGGAGAAGAAAGCGACGACACGGCGUACGACAGGCGCCACAACAUCCCACUUUGUGACCUGCCCUGAAGGGAUCCACAGACAAAGCUGCAGCACAUUUCCACAAUACUUCUUCCGUAUCUCAGAACCCACCUUUCUGGGUGAACGCUGGCAUUUUUGUUGUUUUGGCAAAGACUUUGAGUACCUAGGUUCGUUGUGUGUUUGUUUUGCAUUGAGAAACGUGAUGUAAGUCAAUGGAGGGUUCACUGUGUUUCAGCUUUAUAGUCUAGCAACUGUUUGUAACUGUAAACCGGAUGAGUGGCUCCGCGCGUUUAUUGCACGUGCUCUGCCAAUCUUGACUUUAUUUAUUCGUUGACUUCCCUGUCAUAUAAUUUAUCUAGGCUACUGGGAUACUGGUUAUAAGACUGGAUGUCACUGCACUGCUCUGUAAAUCCCAGACUUACUCAAUGGUUUAGGGAAAAGAUAGCCUUGACUCACUUGAGCUGCCUUAGUUUACUUUUAUAGACUAGAUGUCCUCUGUUCAGUUGCCAGUGCAACAUAAACAAAAUGACAACAGGCCAUUCAAAUGAGUCGAAGCAGUUGGUUCCUAUAAACAGUCCGAAGUUGUUCCAAAUCUCCCGUUUUAUGAUUUGUUGGGUUCUUCUUUUGACGGUGGCGAGGACGUCACAAGCAGCUCUGAGUAACAUGAUCCAUUUUCUCAACGUACCCCUCAUGUUCUUUUCCAUUUCCGUGUGUCUUUAAAAUGUGAAUCAUACACUAAAACAUCAUUUGCAUGUACAGAUUUACCAAUACACUGUUUAUAUUAGUGGGUGUGACUAUGACAUCAGGCUUACACACCUCAGCAUUACCAGAAGUGUAAAUGCAGUUACACAAAUCUGACAGCCAACUUUAUUGUUCUUGCACAAGUCGUCCACGGUCAUGCUGUAUGAAUGCCAGUGCAGUUUUCACUCACAUCCAGUCCAUUAUAAAAAUAAAAUAAAUAAAAAAACACACAAAUUAGAUUUUUUUUCUUUAGUUACUUUUCAUACUUAACAACACAUUGCCAAAUAAUUGCAAUAUUUUCUUUUAAAUACAAAUUAUUUCAUUGUUAAAUUACAAUAGUUUGUAAAAAUAUAAUAUAUUAAAUUAUAAUAUUAAAUUAUAAUAGUAAAAUUUAAGUUGAAGGUCAGUCAUUUUUUAAAGAAAUGAAUAAUUUAUUCAGAAACUAUGCAUUCAGUUGAUCGAAAGUGACUGUAAAGUGAUUCAUCGUGUUACAAAAGAUUUCUGUGACAGAUUGUGUGAUGUUCUUUUGAUCUUUCUGUUCAAUGAAGAAUCCUGAAAUGACAUGUUGCAUAUUUUAUGUAACUUUUCCACAAAACAUAUUAAGCAGCGCAACUGUUUUAAACAAGAAUAAUAAUAAUAAUAACAAUAAUACAUGUUACUUGCGCAGCAAAAAUAAGCAUAUUAGAAUGAUUUCUGAAGGCUCACGUGACACUGAAGACUGGAGUAAUGACUGCUGAAAAUUCAGAUGAAAAAAUGUAAUAAUAUUUCCUAAUAUUACUGUUUUUACUGUACUUUUGAUCAAAUAAAUACAGCCUUGGUCAAUAUUAGAAAAACAUUCCAAAUCUUAGCGACCCCAAACUUGUGAAUGGUUGUGUUAAAACAGAUUUGCCAUUAAACCAAAGUCUCAGAUUUCAGUAAUCCUCAUCAAAACCUUCCUAAAUCAUAAGCAAUCGACACUUUAGCUCAGUAAUCUAACUGUACAUCUACAAUCAUCUCAUUUGUUGGCAUUAGUAUCUCUGAGACGGAUUUCUUUUAAACUACGAAAGAUCUAAAGCAAUAUUUUUCUCCCUCCUUUACAGUUCAAGAAUUACUUUGAUGUUAAUAUUGUUGUCAUUUGCUGUUAUGGAUUAUGUUUAUUGUCUAGCGUUGCACUCGAAUUAGUCAAACUUAGCUUGCUAUUCAUAAUGUAUUUUGUCUGACUCAUGUAUUUAUCAUGUCUGAUAGACUUCAAUUCAUUUUCCUGUGAAAUCAGCUGCUGUCUAUGGUGUGCGUAAUAAAAUCGUAAUGAUUUAUUUAA